GCCUGAAGGUGCUUAUCGUCGAAGCGGCAUGUGAAGGGUCUCGGACUGUCAUCAAUUCAGGAACUUCGGAACCAUCGAUGGUGUUUCUUCCGAGCCCUUCCUGCUCACUUCUGAGCUUCUCUCAAAAUUCUUUCUGACCAGUAGGAUACACUGUACCAGGGCUGCGCUGAAGCCUAUCAAUGGCCCAGGGCCCGGGCCUCCACCUUUUCCUGCUGGAAAUCUGAUUUGCAGAAAAGUCGUGUUCUUGUACCUUAGAGAACUUCGUCUUUCGCAUUGCUGUCAAAAGCAAAUUCUGUGGACUCUCCGCAGGCAUCUUCACAUUGGCAAUCUUGUCCGCCAAGCUUAUGGCCCUUUCGAUUCUUGCUCAGUUGCAUACUUUUCCCCGUGGUACUCUCACUUUAAAGCAAACCUCUGAGCUAACCUGUGAACAGAGGGUUCUCCGGUGUCACGCGUGGUUGCACUCCUCAACCUUCCAAGGAACCCAUCUUGCCGGCCAAAGGCACAGCCUCAGCCAACCCAGCAUUUUCACCAGUCAAAAGGUUGGCAACGGAGUAGACAGGAGAAUGGCGUCAACUGGACCAAUGCAAAGGACAAAGGCUCAGGCCAGUACUAGCGUGGGAGCUUCAGUGACUAGUGACCAGAAUGAUAAGACGCUGGUGCAGCACACGUUUGGCCUUCCCACGGCUCCUGGCCCCAACUUUGCCAACACCUCCCCAAUGUACGACGUAACCUUCACCAGCAUCGACUUCCACAGGACCAUCGGGCACACAAUCAACACGAUCAUCCUGCUGCUGCCGACGCUGUACUACUGGAACGACCCCCGCUGGAAGUUCGUGCUGCUCGCCAAGCUGACGCUGCCCGAGGCGGUCUGGGAGCAGGCGACGCACUACUUCACGCGCCAGCUGCACAACGUGCACAAGCUCAAGAUCGUGCCGCUGCUUAUCCUGGACGCAAUCUUCUUCGCCAACGGCGGCGCGCAGCAGGUGCUGAGCGGGCCCAAGGACGGGCUGUACUACUUCAUGUUCUACUACUUCGUGGUGUUCAUGGGGGGGAACCUGGUGGAGGCGUUCAUCACGUUCUUUGGCAAGUACUGGCCCAUCAAGGCACCCGGCAGCGUUUGACGGUCGGCACCCCGGCGUGUCUGCGCUUUUAAUUCAACCUUUCUACCAACCUGCUGCUGCAUCUGACAAAUUCUGGCAGUUUUUUGUUUUGAGCAGACUAAGAAUAAGGUUAGUGUGUUUGGUGAGUAGGAGUAUAUAUACAUAAGGAGUCCACUCUUGGGAGGAGACGGCGCACGUGUGCACCAGCCGACUGGCUUCCAUUGACGCAUUUUAAUCAUACUGUUGAUUGGAGUUUUUCAUUACCUAUAUAAUACAAUACGUUAGUACAUAUUAUGUAGAAUACCACAUCAUAGUACCUAUGAUAUAAGACACAAGGUUUUGACCUCGUAAGCAGAACCGAGAACAGAGUUUUGAGAGCUCAAGUUAUAUUAGUGUGACACGAUUGGCUUUUACCUAUAUAAGUUAGAGCUUGGUUGUUGUGGACGUGAGGUAGCAGCAGAAGCUUUGUCAACGUAACCUUGUGUACCGGUUGUGAUCUUUUGAGCAGAUUGUUGAUCAGUACAUCAAACUGAGCAGCCGGGUAUACAUCCUUGAUCGUUUGGUUGUUUCUUCUUCUUCUUCUCCUUCUUUUUCGCGAUCUGAUCUGCAUUCAUA